CCGUUUGGCGGCGCUAAUGCGCUAAAACACGUCAAUAACUGCCAGCAAAGAAGAGGCGGUUCUGCUGCGCAUGCGCGAGGUCAGACAGGCAAAAUGGCGUCGAGUAACGGCGGAGGAAUGGAAGUGGACGCGACAGCGAGCCCCAGUGUGAUGGCGUCUGGAGUCACAGGCAGUGUGUCAGUGGCGCUGCAUCCGCUGGUGAUCCUGAACAUCUCUGAUCACUGGAUCCGGAUCCGCUCUCAGGAGGGACGAGCCAUGCAGGUCGUGGGCGCUCUGAUCGGAAAACAGGAGGGCAGAAACAUCGAGGUGAUGAACUCAUUCGAGCUGCUGUUUCACACCGUAGAGGAUCAGAUCCACAUCGAUAAAGAGUAUUACUACACUAAAGAAGAGCAGUUUAAGCAGGUAUUUAAGGAAAUGGAGUUUCUGGGCUGGUACACGACUGGUGGCACUCCGGACCAAUCAGAUAUCCACAUUCAUAAGCAGGUGUGUGAGAUCAUUGAGAGUCCACUGUUCCUGAAGCUCAACCCCAUGACCAAACACACCGAUCUGCCAGUCAGUGUGUAUGAAUCUGUGAUUGACAUCAUCAGCGGAGAGGCGACUAUGCUGUUUGCUGAGCUGCCGUAUACACUAGCCACGGAAGAAGCAGAGCGCAUCGGAGUCGAUCACGUCGCACGCAUGACAGCCAUCGGGACUGGAGAAAACUCCACCGUGGCGGAGCAUCUGAUCGCUCAGCACAGCGCCAUAAAGAUGCUGCACAGCCGCGUGAAGGUCAUUCUGGAGUACGUCAAAGCAGUGCAGGCAGGUGAGGUCCCGUUCAAUCAUGAGAUCCUGCGGGAGGCGAACGCUCUCUGUCACCGUCUGCCGGUUCUCAACACGUUCAAGUUCAAGACGGACUUCUAUGAUCAAUGUAAUGACGUGGGUCUGAUGGCGUAUCUGGGAACCAUCACUAAAACCUGCAACAGCAUGAACCAGUUCAUCAACAAGUUCAACGUGCUGUACGACAGGCAGGGCAUCGGCCGGCGCAUGAGGGGCCUGUUCUUCUGACCGCUCGCUCUUCAUACAAUAAACCUGACGCCUGUGAGAAACCCCUGCUUGUCUUUACUUCUGCACAGCCCUCCCGUGAUCAGUCAGGUUUAUUGCUGUAGCGCGUCGUCAUUUACUGAAUUCUCCUUAUUAUUGUGAAACGUAAUAAUUUAACUGUUUAUAGAGCAUUUCUACAGAAGAGAAUACAGCAUCAUUGUUCAGUUUUCUGCUCAAGUUAUGUAUUUUUGUUGUUUGUUUUUUCCCGAGAACUUCAGUUGGAAUAAAAUGCCACAACUUUA